GAGCUGAAUUAAACUGCACCAUUUAGAAAGAGACAAUAUUAGACUGACUGCGACCUCUACCGUGAGGUAGAGUUUAAAACUUUGAUGUUAUUGUUGGAUGUCCGCAUAACGUUCAGAACAACUAAGAUUUUCUGCUAAUUUACGACGGAACUGCUGCAUCCAUAAAGAUCCGCCAAGAUGAUGGCCUACGCUGACAUCGAGGAGGAUCUGGCGUAUGGAGAGGAGGAAGGCGAUGAAAUAUCCCCAGACAUCUGGCAGGAGGCCUGUUGGCUUGUCAUUUCGUCUUACUUUGAUGAGAAGGGCCUUGUGCGACAGCAGCUGGAUUCUUUCGAUGAAUUUAUAACCAUGACCAUCCAAAGGAUAGUGGAAGAUUCUCCUGCCAUAGAUCUGCAGGCUGAAGCACAGCAUGUUGGUGGAGAAUUAGAGACUCCCCCAAGACAUUUGUUAAAGUUUGAGCAGAUUUACCUGAGCAAACCAACCAACUGGGAGAAGGACGGCUACAAUUAUAGCAUGAUGCCGAACGAAGCACGUUUGAGGAACCUGACAUAUUCGUCGCCCCUUUAUGUGGACAUUGUGAAAACAGUGAUCAAAGAUGGUGAGAAACCAAUUGAACAUAAAGAAGAGAAGAUAUACAUAGGUAAAAUUCCCAUCAUGCUUAGGUCAACCUAUUGCCUACUCAGUGGUCUGACUGAUCGUGAUCUCCAUGAAGUUAAUGAGUGUCCCUUGGAUCCUGGAGGUUAUUUUGUAAUCAACGGGUCUGAGAAAGUUCUCAUUGCUCAGGAGAAAAUGGCAACGAACACUGUGUAUGUGUUCAGCAUGAAAGACGGUAAGUAUGCUUAUAAGUGUGAGAUUCGUUCUGGAAUUGAACAUUCAGCUCGUCCAGUAUCCACUCUGUGGGUGAACAUGAUGGCCAGAGGUGGUAGUAGUGCUAAAAAGUCGGCCAUUGGACAGCGUAUUAUUGGCGUUCUUCCUUACAUUAAACAGGAGAUUCCUAUCAUGAUUGUUUUCCGUGCUCUUGGGUUUGUAGCAGACAGAGAUAUUUUGGAACACAUUAUUUAUGAUUUUGAUGACCCUGAAAUGAUGGAAAUGGUCAAGCCUUCUCUUGAUGAGGCUUUUGUGAUUCAGGAGCAGAAUGUAGCCUUGAAUUUCAUUGGAGGACGUGGUGCUAGACCCGGUGUGUCAAAAGAAAAGCGAAUAAAGUAUGCCAGGGAAAUUCUUCAGAAGGAAAUGUUGCCUCAUGUUGGUGUAUCUGAUUUCUGUGAAACAAAGAAGGCCUAUUUCCUGGGUUAUAUGGUUCAUCGACUCCUGUUAGCAGCCCUGGGUCGUCGUGAACUUGACGAUCGUGAUCACUACGGUAAUAAGCGUUUGGAUUUGGCUGGUCCUCUCAUGGCACUGUUGUUUAAAGGCUUGUUCAAAAUACUUAUGAAGGAGGUACGGAUGCAUGCCCAGAAACUGCUGGACAAAGGCCAAGAAUAUGGGUUAGAUGCUGCUGUGAAGCCAAAAUUGAUUACAGAUGGCUUGAAGUAUUCUCUUGCUACAGGAAACUGGGGAGACCAGAAGAAGGCUCAUCAGGCCAGGGCUGGUGUAUCUCAGGUGUUGAACAGGUUAACCUUUGCCUCCACUUUGUCACAUUUACGUCGUGUCAAUUCUCCCAUUGGACGAGAUGGUAAACUUGCAAAGCCAAGACAGCUUCACAAUUCUCUGUGGGGAAUGAUCUGCCCUGCUGAGACCCCAGAAGGUGCUGCUGUCGGUCUGGUGAAAAAUUUGGCUCUCAUGUCUUACAUUUCUGUAGGCUCUCAACCAGCGCCAAUUUUGGAGUUCUUGGAAGAGUGGUCAAUGGAAAAUUUAGAAGAAAUUGCUCCUUCAUCAAUUCUUGAUGCCACAAAAAUUUUUGUAAAUGGUUGUUGGGUUGGCAUUCACAGAGAUCCCGAACAGUUGAUCAUGACGUUGCGUAAACUGAGACGUCAGAUGGACAUCAUCGUGUCCGAGGUGUGUAUGGUGAGAGAUAUUCGAGACAGAGAAAUCCGUAUCUAUACAGAUGCUGGACGUAUCUGUCGCCCGUUGCUCGUGGUGGAAAACAGCAAAUUACUACUCAAGAAAAGACAUAUUGAUCUCUUGAAGGAAAGAGAAUAUAAUAAUUUCAGUUGGCAGGAUUUAGUUGCGAGUGGUGUCGUGGAAUAUAUUGACUGCUCAGAAGAAGAAACAAUUAUGAUUUCCAUGUCACUGGAAGAUUUGGGUGUGGAAGAGGAAAAAACCUAUUGUAACACAUAUACUCACUGUGAAAUUCACCCUGCCAUGAUCCUUGGUGUAUGUGCAUCCAUUAUUCCAUUUCCUGAUCACAACCAGAGUCCCCGUAAUACUUACCAAAGUGCUAUGGGUAAGCAAGCUAUGGGUGUCUACAUUACUAAUUUCCACGUGCGUAUGGACACCUUGGCUCACGUGCUGUUUUACCCUCAAAAGCCUCUCGUCACCACUCGUUCCAUGGAGUAUCUUCGUUUCCGAGAAUUGCCUGCUGGAAUUAACUCUAUUGUGGGCAUCGCGUGUUACACUGGUUACAACCAAGAGGAUUCUGUUAUUAUGAAUUUGUCAGCAGUAGAGCGUGGAUUCUUCCGUUCCUGUUUCUAUCGGUCAUAUAAAGAUGCUGAAACCAGGCGCUCGGGCUUACAGGAAGAAAAUGUAUUUGAGAAGCCAUCCAGAGAUACUUGCCAGGGAAUGCGGCAUGCUAUUUACGAUAAAUUGGAUGAUGAUGGAAUCAUAUCUCCAGGGAUGCGUGUGUCUGGUGAUGAUGUCAUCAUUGGCAAAACUAUAACCCUGCCUGAAAAUGAAGAUGAAUUAGAAGGUCAAACGAGACGGUUCAGCAAGAGAGAUGCCAGCGUUUUUCUAAGGGGCUCCGAAACUGGUAUUGUAGAUCAAGUCAUGUUAACAGUAAAUGUAGAUGGUGACCGUUUCACUAAAAUUCGUGUGAGAUCAGUGCGCAUCCCACAGAUUGGUGACAAAUUUGCCUCCCGACAUGGGCAGAAGGGAACGUGCGGUAUCCAGUACAGAAUAGAAGAUAUGCCUUUCACCGUUGAGGGCAUUACUCCUGACAUCAUUAUUAACCCUCACGCUAUUCCGUCACGUAUGACAAUUGGUCACUUGAUUGAAGCCCUUCAGGGGAAACUUGGUGCAAACAAAGGGGAGAUUGGUGAUGCAACACCAUUCAAUGAUGCCGUCAAUGUACAGAAAAUAUCAAACUUGUUGCAGGAGUAUGGAUACCACCUGAGAGGAAAUGAGGUUAUGUACUGUGGUCACACAGGCAGGAAGAUGAAUGCCCAGAUUUUCUUGACCCCAACUUACUAUCAGCGUCUCAAGCAUAUGGUGGACGACAAGAUCCAUUCCCGAGCAAGAGGACCUGUACAGAUAUUGGUCAGACAGCCUAUGGAAGGUCGUGCGAGAGAGGGAGGCUUGCGAUUUGGAGAGAUGGAACGGGAUUGUCAGAUUGCACACGGUGCUGCGCAGUUCCUUAAGGAACGCCUUUUUGAAGUUAGUGAUCCCUACUGUAUUCAUGUUUGUAAUUUAUGUGGCUUGAUGUGUAUUGCAAACUUACGCAACAAUACGUUUGAGUGCAAGGGCUGUCGUAACAAGACCCAAAUUUCGCAAGUCAGACUUCCUUAUGCCUGUAAAUUGUUGUUCCAGGAACUUAUGGCAAUGAAUAUUGCCCCAAGGAUGAUGGUGUUGAAGUAAAAACUUCAAAAAACUUCAAACUUUUUUUUUUUUUUUUUUUUU